AUGAAACGAGGACUUAUAGAGAAUGAAAAUAUAUAUCAUUUGACUAUGCAAGAAGCUGCUCGAUUUAAGAUGCCUUCUGCAUUACAACAAUUAUUUGCGACCAUACUGAGUGGUGUUCCCAUUGGUUAUCUUCAAAUUAAUGCGGUUCUUCUCCAGAUCAAAUAUUAUCUAGAACAACAUAAUAAAUCUUUGGAUAUAUAUGAUCUUCCUCCUCUCAUCUUGCUUGAUGAUAAUCACUUGAAUAAACUGCCAAGGUUAUUAUUAGAAGAGCUAAGUAUUCCUAAUAUGCGGGUUGAAAACAGUCCUGAAGCCAAUAACUUCAGAAACUUCUUAUUACGAAUUAGAAAUGGAACUGAACAAACAUUUGAUAAUAAUGAUAUAAUCCGUAUUCCUGAUCACAUGGUUAUUGACUGGGAUAAUGAAGAUUCCUUACAAGUUCUCAUUCAAAAAAUAUAUCUGUUUCUUCAUAACAAUUCCUCAAACAUCUCUUACUUUACCGACAGAGCUAUCCUUACUACCAAAAACGAAUAUGUUGAUUAUGUUAAUAAUUUCCUUAAUUCUUUAACCACAUCUGAUAUUCCCCCUCAUGAAUUACGUUUAAAAGUUAACGCGCCAGUUAUAUGUCUUCGUAAUAUAGAACCGAUCAAUGGUUUGUGUAAUGGUACCAGGUUGUUAUGUCAUGCGUUCCAUCCUAACGUUAUUGAAGCUGAAAUAGUUACAGGUAGUCAUUGA